AACAACAACACAGUCGAGUUCCAGCAACGCUCCGGCCAAGUUGUUCAAGCGCGUGAGCCUCAAAAACAAAAGCCAACCGCCUUCCUUAUCGCUUUCACUUUGAGAAUCCAUUGAAAUAAUUGACCAGUGUGGAAAAAAGGAUUAUUGAAUUACAAAUUUAUGAAAGCCCGUUAAUAAGGAAAUUGUUUUCGAAAAACUCGUUAGGCCUGUAAGCUCGCACAGUAUGCGGGACUCGGUGUAGAGCAAAUUGCGCAUACGCCACGUUGGACCAUCAAAGGAUUUCGCAAACAUAUUGUUGCGGAAAAUUGCAUGCCGCGAUUUGAAUAACAAAAUUGUUUGCUCACAUUAUUGCAAAUAAUCAAAGGCCGGAGCAAUGGACAUUGUCAUACGUGAGGAGGACAUUUCCCUGGCCCAGAUUGGCGUCUACGCCUCGGUGUCCUUUCUGGUGGUCUCUGCAGUGGGGGCCGCCCUCUACACCACCUGCUCGAAGCGCUACCGCCUGAACUGGUUCGAGCAGAAUCUCUUGGAGUCGGCCAACGAAAAGGACGAGGACCAACAGAGGGAGGCUCUGGUUGCCGGUGCCGUGGGCUACAAUGUGGACAACGUGAACGAGGUGCCGCGUGGGAAAUUCGGGCCUGGAAACGGCGGAAACCUCAGUCCCACCUCCCUCAAGAGCGAGGACAACGACCCGGCCUUCUGGGUACCGGCCUCGGUCACCUCCACCUCGGCCAUCCAGCAACAGGUGUCGAACACCACCGAAGAGUCCGCCCCACCCACACCCACCUCGCCCACCGGCAGCCUCAAGUCGAACACUCUCUCCUACUGCUCAACCGCCUCGGUUCCCAUUGCCCGAUCCGACAAGCAUGUAGUCCUGGCCAUGCACCCGGGUCGUCCGCGAGUGUCCUCGAUGAAUGCCAAACUGGAUCACACCAAAAUCGAUAUGACCCUGUACAGGAGCCACUCCCAGCCAAAGACCAUAAACCCUGUGACCAUCAAUGAAGUUAGGGGCGAUCUCCACGUGAGUAUUGGCUACGACCCCGUAGGAGGUCUUCUAAAUGUUAGGUUAUUGGAGGCCCAGAACCUACAGCCCAGGCAGUUUAGUGGCACUGCAGAUCCCUAUGCCAAGGUCCGACUUCUGCCCGACAAGAAGAACUUUUGGCAAACGCGCAUUCACAAGAAGACUCUGAAUCCAGUAUUCGAUGAGCAGUUUGUUUUCGAGGUUACCGCCGGAGUUGUAGACAAGCGAACUGUGGAAAUCCUACUCUACGAUUUCGACGCCUAUUCCCGACACGUUUGCAUUGGGGGAAGCAAAAUCCACCUGGCCAACCUGGACUUGAGUGAGCAGGUGAAGCUAUGGACGCCGUUGAGCUCCGCUUCGGCCCAGGACAUGAAGGUGGACCUCGGCGAUAUAAUGGUGUCUCUGGCUUACUUGCCUUCGGCAGAACGGUUGAUGGUGGUGCUGAUCAAGGCCCGGAACCUCAGGAUUGUGGACGAUGCCCGAAACUCAUCAGAUCCGUAUGUAAAGGUGACUCUCCUAGGACCCGGAGGUAAGAAGAUGAAGAAGCGCAAGACAGGCGUUCAGAGAGGAACCUUGAAUCCGGUUUACAAUGAAGCACUGGCCUUCGAUGUGGGAAAGGAAACACUGAAGAAUUGUGUCCUGGAGUUUUCUGUAGUCCACGAUGGUUUAUUGGGUUCAAGUGAGAUUUUGGGACGCGCCAUCAUUGGAAAUUCACCGGAAGUGCGCACCGAGGAGAAAAUAUUUUUCGAGGAAAUUUUCCGGGCCAAGAACGCAACAGCUCAAUGGGUUCCACUCCAAGAGCCCGCAACCAACUUGGCCACUACAGCCAAGUCCACAACCAGCCGGAACUAGCUUCCACAGUUGUCGGCGGCGCUUGGUUCUUGUCUCAAAUAACAUGGCGGUGGAGGGUGUCUUGGCCAAAUGAAAAAUACGGUUACGCGAAAUACCUGAUGUAGAAAUUGGUAAAAGAAUUACCACAUAUAUGUAUUGGCGGAUAUAAAUCCUUUUGAACAAAUCAGAAUAGUAAGCCGAGUAUGAGGAUAUCAAAAUCAUAAACAGUUCACAACAUAACUCAGUAUUCGGCAUCGUACUUGAAAAAAACCUCAUUCACUCAUAUACUGGAAUAAGGGAACUUGCAGGGAUAAGUUUUAAGCUGGAAGGAUCGAGGGAGAAUGAAACCCAAAGAAAACAAACUACUUGAAACAACUUGAAUAUCACAGUGAAUGUGCUUUGUAUUGCAUCAAUUAAUCAGAAAUAUAUAUAUUUAUUAUUCCCUAUAUGUGUCAAAAUGUCAAGAAGUACCUAAAACACAAAUACCUACUGAGAAGAUGAACAAAUCAAUUAUAAUGUUAAUUUAAUAAUUUUUGUAGGCGAAGGUUUCAGGGCAAAGCGGGCACAACACAGAAGCAUUCUAUUUAACUUUUGGCUUGGAAAACAUGUAUAACUGUGCACAGCAACGUAGAAGUAAUUUUUACCAAAUAAAGCUAUUCUUAUAUUAAUAUUAUAUCCCCUAUAAGUAGAAAAUGAUGAUUGUGUCUAUAUAGUAGAUCUGUAGUUAAACGCACUAUGUAUUCUAUAUUCGCAUACCAACUGUAUUAACUAUAUGCUAAAUAUGUAUCCAUGUCAAAUAAAGCCCUUAGAGAUCUUUGACUUUAAA